AUGCAGGCGGACCUCCGGGCCCUGAAGGCCGAGAAGAGCCGCCAGGCCUUCACGCGGGGCGGCGCGAACGACAUCUCGGCGGGCCCCGCGGGCGGCCGGCGCUGCACGGACCUCCCGUGCUGCGUCGUCUUGGUCGUGGCGCUUCUCGGCUACGUGCUCGUGACCCUGCGCGGCCUGAUCGGCGGCAACGUGGACCGGCUCUACAAGCCGCGGGACUCCGCCGGGAACUACUGUGGCAUCGAGAGCCAGUGGGACAAUGGGCCGACGAGCAGGGGUUCUUUGGAAGGUUACGAGUAUUCGACCAUGACGAUGAACGUGUCUGCAACCACCGAUGCGAUGAUGAAGCAGUUUAUGUGCUCCAAGGCCGUCCAGAACUACCUGGAACUCCAGAUCGGGAUAGGCGAAUGGACGGCAAGCGACAUGGACGCGUAUAUGUGCGCUUGUUGCUACACUCCGUGCUCUACUUGUAGCACGGCCCUUAAACAGGCAGACCCCUCGGCGGAUGGGUCGGCGGCUGGUACCAGUGCGCUCGUGUCACUGACAGCUGCUCGGAUGACGGAGAUCGCAGGACUCGGUUCUACAGACGUGUUCAAUUUGUUCAGCUCGUCUGGAGAAAACGGAGACCUCUUCUCAACGGGCGUCAUGAGUUCGGCCUCGCAUUACCUCCAUAGUGUCUGCAUGACGUCUUGUGACACAAGCUAUGGAAAAAUCCAAGCAGCCAACGGCAGCACCAGCGCGUAUGCCUUCCGGGAGUACAUAUACAGUCCUGUCCCGAGCGAUGCUCUCAAGGAGGCGUGGGACGUUGUGAAACUAGAACCGGGCAGCUUGGGAUCUGUCCUCAAUAAUUCUUUCACGUUCAAAGCAUUCUCCCAGGUGGAUUGCCCGUACGAUUCUGUGUAUUGUGUCCCCAUGCCGGGCAUCGCCUUCAAGGAAUCCGCGCUGAACUAUUGCACGCUCGAGAUAGCCGUUGAAGUGGUUAGCCAGCUUGGAAGCUCGGUGGCAGAUGUCAUGGCGAGCGAGGCUCUCACCGACUUCUCGAACGGUGCAACUCAGUCCCUGGGCGAGCAGUGGGGCGCCAUCCAGGCCUCCUGGAUGGCGUUCGCCCUGACUGGCGUGGCCUCCUUCGUUAUCGGCAUGCUCUUUCUCGUCUUCGUCCGGUUUUUUGUCGGCAUCUGCGUGUGGAUCUCCAUCAUCGGGAUCUUCCUCCUGAUCUGCGCCUUCUCUGGCCUCUGCUACAUCAAGAGCAUCCAGUGCGCCGGCUACACGCUGCUCGAGAAGGGCCAGGAGACGGCCACCCAGGUGGUCACGUUCGCCGCGGCCAGCGUCUCCCAGGUGGCCUCGGGCAAGCUGGUCAGCGAGGACCUCCUGGGCGACGGCAACGCCUACCGCGGGGUGCAGUACCUCACGCGCUAUGGCACCGCUUGCCAGAACUGGGCCACGACGUCCCCCCACAUCCAUGACUACUAUCUGUCUGGGAACUACGAGGAUCAGGGGAUCGGAGAUCACAACUACUGCCGCAACCCCUACAACGCGUCGGACGUCAACAAGGGCUCCACGAUCUGGUGCUUCACCGUGGACGAGGAGCUGCGGUGGCAGGAGUGCCUUCCCAUCGGCCUGGACGCGCCCGAGUGCGAGGAGGGCUACGCUGUGAGCGGACAGACCGCGAGGGACGUCUUGCUGUACGCCUGCUACGCGCUCCUCGGCCUGGCUGUGCUCUGGGUCCUGGUCGUGAUCUGCUUCUUGCCGAAGAUCCUCCUGGCGAUCCGCUGCGUGAAGGUGGCCGCCCGCUUCCUCGCCACGACACCAACCGUCUUGCUCGUGCCGGCCGUUCAGUCUAUCUUCACGAUCCUGUGGUGCAUCGGCUGGGCCGUCGGCGCGGCGUUCCUCAUCUCUCAGGUGCCCGAUGGCUACACGCCCACUGGCUGGUACGCGGACUACGGCACGGCGUGGGAGGCAUGCACCUACGACGGGUCUGGAGAUCUCGGGUACCCCGUCAGCGAAGUGUGGAGGGACGAGACCUGCGCAGGCCCGAGCGGUGAGUGCUGGCGCUGCCAGCCGCCCCGGUAUAUGCUCGACUACUACGUCGCCUACGUGUUUUUCAUCUACCUGUGGCUGAACGCUUUCGUCAUCGCAGCUGGCCAGUGUAUCAUCGCUGGUACUGUUGGCGUCUGGUUCUUCAACCAGCACAAGACUCGAAGAAGCUGGAUCGGACGGGUUCGAGGUGCCCUCAGGACUUCGAUCUGGAAUACCACUCGCUAUCACAUGGGCAGCCUUGCGUUUGGUUCCUUCAUUAUCGCCCUGGUGCAGUUCAUCCGAUACUGCAUGAAGUUCCUGGAGAAACAGGCUCGUGUGAGGAAGAAUCGCGUCAUGGUGUGUGUCGCGAAGGCGAUGCAGUGCUGCCUGUACUGUUUCGAGAAGAGCUUAGAGUACCUUAACAAGCUCGCAUACAUCCAGAUUGCGCUACUCGGCAAGAACUUCUGCACAUCUGCGAAGCAGGCUUUUUAUCUGGUCCUCCGCCACAUGGUGCGCUUCGCGGUGCUACUUCUCUUGGGCACCGCGAUUGACCGCAUUGGGCUGCUCUGCAUCACUGCUGCAACAACCUUCGCGGGGUACCUUAUUCAGACCACGCUGCAUCCCGAAGUGUCUCCACUGUGUCCCACGCUGCUCUUUCUCCUCAACGGCUACGUUGUGGGAAAGCUCUACAUGAAUGUCUUCCACCUCGCCAUCGACACGAGCCUCCAGUGCUUCAUUGCGUGUGAGGAGAUGGGCGUAGACUCGGAGACCGUGCCGAGGGAGCUGAGGAGACUCGUGCCCGAUGCCGGCGGCAAGAGCGACGACGGGCCGCUGCGCGCGGCAUCGGCCGGGCCAGAGGUGGCCGACGGCGGGCCGCCCCUGCCGCGCGCAGAGCGUGGAGCGUGGAGCGUGGAGCCGGAGCCGCCGGCGGAGCCGCCCUGCCGCGCGCAGAGCGUGGAACGCGAGCGGAGGAUCCAGAGCCUGUGA